AUGAUAGACUUUUAUAAAUUCAGUAAACAUGUGACUUAACUACAUUGGGGUUACGCAGAUCUUCGGAGCAAAAUGAUUGUUGGAAAAUUCACACCGGAUAUGCACAUUUACAUUUGAUAGCCAGACACUUGUCAUGCCAAAGGAGCAAUAGAAAACAGUCCAGUCAUGACAAAAUGGCGAGCGGAGUUGGAAAACAUAAAUUGCUGUUGGGCCCAACAGAGCCAUGGUCAAUUAGGGAAAAGCUGUGCCUCGCCUCAUCUGUCAUGAAGAGUGGAGACCAAAACUGGGUGUCUGUGAGCCGAGCCAUUAAGCCAUUUGCAGAACCUGGACGCCCUCCUGACUGGUUCUCUCAAAAGCAUUGUGCUUCACAAUACUCUGAGCUCCUGGAGACAACAGAGGCCCCAAAGAGAAAGCGGGGUGAAAAAGGGGAGGUUGUUGAGACGGUGGAAGACGUGAUCGUUCGCAGGUUGACAGCAGAGAGAAUAGAGGAGUUGAAGCGACUGAUCAAGGACACACAAGAGAAGCACAGGAAACUGAAGAGAGAAACUGAACUCAUCCAGGCAGGACAUCUGGACAUUAAACUUGAGGAGCUAUGGGAGGAAAUUGUACGGAGCAGAAAACAAGAGGAAGAGGAAGCUGAGGUGAAAAGAAAGGCCACAGAUGCAGCAUACCAGGCCAGGCAGGCAGUGAAGAACACUCCUAAACGUGUGCCCAGUGUGACAGUGCGCUCCCCGUCUGGGGCCUGCUCCCCGAGCCUGGAUUUUCCUAUUGGAGAUCCAUCUGAAGAUCCUAGCACCACUGGGGCAGGAUCAACAGUGUUUGUGCCUCUGACGGAGCUGCCAGGCCCUGGAGUGGUAGAGGCGAGUUUGGGGUCUCUGCUAGAUGAAUCAACACAGAAGAAGCUUUUGGGUCAGAAAAUCACGCCGCCUCCAUCUCCUCUCCUGUCAGAACUACUAAAGAAAGGCAGUCUUCUUCCCACCAGCCCGAGACUGCGGCUAACGUCUGGCAGGCUCACCCAUAGGCUUACUUCCACGUUAAAGAAAAAGGCAGUUGAGGGAGAAUCUCCAUCCAGUCAACUUACAGGAAGUCUUGAUAAUCAGAUGAUGACUUCUUCACUACCUGCCUCUCAGGCAGCGACAGGUGCUCCCACACUGUCUCGUCUGCUGGAAGCUGGCCCCGCCCAAUUUCCCUCUCAGCUGAGCUCAUUGGCCACUGCAGACUCUGUCCCCAGCGCUGCCGCCUCUGCAGUGGACACCGCUGCCUCGCUCAGCACAGGAAGUGAUGGAGUUGCUAGUGCUUCAGUGGAUAAUAAGGAGGCGGUUUUAGGGGAGGAGGACCUGGUGACUGUGUCUUAUAUGGCAGAGGAGCUGGACUUAGAGACAGUUGGGGACAUUAUAGCCAUUAUUGAAGAGAAGGGUGACGAGAAUGCCGAGGCACUGGAUGCUGCGGCAGUGGAAGCCGCUCUGUCUCUGUGUGAGGACACGGGUCACAACCUGUCAGGUACCUGGGAGCCCAACCCCUUCAGGCCCAUUGGCCCUGAGCCCUCCAGCACUUCAGAGGACCUAGACCCACAUUCCCUGCAUCUGUUAGAAGGGAAGCGAGAGGGUCCUGACAUGUGUGUAUCCGGCAGUGGUUGCGCACAAGGGUACACAACCCUCUCCACCACUGUCCCCUCGGUUCCUCAAGACCCUACUCCGACAGCAGGAGCGCAUUCAGACCCACUUGCCCUUAGACCGGAGCACACUGAUGAAGCCCAGGAAGGGCAGCCAGAAUCACUGCGUGCUGUGAUCAAAAGCGAGACUGACGAAUGGACACCGUCUCAAUCAGAUACACGGUCAGAAGAUGACCCUGUGAUAAAACAGCACUCAAAGGAAGUAAAAGAGGAGGAGGAGGCCGUGAGUGAUGCGGAGGAGGGCAGUGUGUCGGAGAUGAAAGCUGGAUUAGAAGGGGAUGGAGUCGAGGAUUGUGGGGGAGAAGAGGACGGAGAUGGAGUUUAUCUCUCCGAGCCAGAGGGGGAAACAGAGUUGGAUCCUCCGGCCAGCGAGAGCGAGGACGGCUACAGUAUGCAUACAGCAUCCUCUUCCGUACAGCUCCACACAACUGCGGACUCCAUUCCCAGCAGCCCUGCCUCCUCACAGUUCUCUAUCUGCAGCGAAGAUCAAGAAGCGAUUCAGGCUCAGAAGAUCUGGAAGAAAGCCAUUAUGUUGGUGUGGCGAGCAGCAGCCAAUCACAGGUAUGCAAAUGUCUUCCUGCAACCAGUGACGGAUGACAUCGCCCCUGGUUACCACAGUAUUGUCCACAGGCCAAUGGAUCUGUCUACCAUCAAGAAGAACAUUGAGAAUGGGCUGAUCCGCACUACAGCUGAGUUCCAGCGCGACAUCAUGCUGAUGUUCCAGAACGCUGUGAUGUACAACAGCUCGGACCAUGAUGUGUUCCACAUGGCCGUGGAGAUGCAGAGGGACGUUCUGGAGCAGAUACAGCAGUUUCUGGCCACACAGUUGAUCAUGCAGACCUCGGAAUCAGGCAUCAGUGCCAAGAGCCUGCGUGGGAGAGACGCCAAUCGCAAACAGGAUGCCAAUGACAAGGACUGUGUUCCCAUGGCCUCUCCUGCAUUCCUUCUCUCUCUCUUUGACGGGGGCACCAGGGGGCGACGCUGUGCUAUUGAAGCAGACCUGAAGAUGAAGAAAUAAGCAGCCAGUGGGUGGAUUCCUUUGAAACGCUAAUAAGCAACUGAGUGAUGAAGACAGCAUAGGACAAUCUGUCUGAAUAUUAUCACUAACAGCAGAGUUCAUGAGGGUUUCACUGGACAAUAAUGGGACUGCCUCAAAAUCUGUGCAUAUAUGUGUCUGUGUGUAUGUAAUUUUGUGGGGUGUGUGUUGUGUAGUAUUAAAGAUUUGUUUUGUGUACGAAUAGUGCCUUUACAGGUAUUGACGAAUGAGCAGGAAUAAACCUGACGAAAGGACGAAACAUUUAAAUUGAAAUGCCUUCUUAUGCGAGAACGUUACUGACAUUUUAUCCUCUUUUCACUCUCUGCCAUAAUGCUGUAUUCUUGUGUCAUUCCAAACUAAUUUUUUUUUUUUUUUUUUUAAACUUAGAGAGGUUUUAAGUAAUGUUCACACUGCUUUCUUCCAUGUAACAGAUGAGGACCAAGGACUUCAAAAGCUCAAAAAAGAAUGAAAAAAAUAAAAAAGCAUCAUGAAAAGA